GACCAACCCUAUUCUGUUUUUUUAUACAAAUUUAUACAAAAGCAGUUGCUAAAUAAAUAAAAAAUUAGCUAAAAUUUAUUGUAAAUAGGUGUGUUAUAUUAAAGAAAGCAAAAGAAAUCGGGACACUACCAAAUAAGAAUUUUGAGUGCUGUGUGUUCACAACAUACUCCCCUUUUACUUUUGAAGCUGAUUAGCAUAUAGAUAUAUGAAUCUAAACUGAGCCUGCAACGAUGGCCUGGAGAUUCAAAGCAAGCAAAUACAAGAAUGCAGCACCUAUUGUCCCUAAACCAGAGAACUAUGUUCGUGAUAUUUGUGUUGGCUCCUAUCAAACCUAUGGAAACAACAUAGCAGCUUCUGCUAUGUUCAUGGCAUUUAACUGGGAACAUGCAGGCUCUAGUUUGGCUGUGUUGCCCAUCAACGAUUUUGGAAGAAAAAGCAAGCUUAUGCCUUUACUUCAUGGCCAUACUGAUACUGUUACAGAUAUGGAGUUCUCUCCUUUCCAUGAUGGCUUGCUCGCUACUGGAUCUCAAGACUGUUUGGUGAAGAUUUGGCAUAUUCCUACAGAAGGGCUAGAGGAGUCUUUGAGUAACCCAGAAUGCACAUUUUCCCACAAACAAAGACGAGUAGAAAUGGUGGGGUUCCACCCUUGUGCAGACUUCUUGCUACAUUCAACUUCAUACACCACCUUGACACUUUGGGAUCUAAUCUCUGAGCAAGAAAUUUUUUCCAAUGCAGACCAUACGGAAGUGAUACAGUCAGUCAGCUGGAAAAGAGAUGGAACAUUAUUGGUUACUUCAUGCAAGGACAAGCAGUUGCGCGUUUUAGAUCCAAGGACACAGCAGUCUUGUCUAAAAUCAGCAAAUAGUCAUGCAGGAAUUAAGGAUUCUAGGGUGGUAUGGCUUGGAGAACAGGACAGGGUGUUAUCCACUGGUUUUGAUGCUCAGAGGCUUAGGCAAAUCAUCAUAAGGGAUCUAAGGAACUUCAGUCAGCCUGAGAAGACAUUGGAGUUAGAUUGCUCAACUGGAAUCUUAAUACCUCUGUAUGAUGCGGAUACAGGAAUGUUGUUCUUGGCUGGCAAAGGUGAUACCACAAUUGGAUAUUGGGAAGUAUCUGACAGAGAUCCUUACCUUAUUGAAGGUAUAAGACAUUCAGGAGAACAAACCAAAGGCGUUUGUUUGGUCCCGAAACGAGCCUUAAACGUUAUGCAGGGCCAGGUUAAUAGAAUUCUGCAGUUGACCAGCAGUUCUGUUAUUCCAAUCAUGUAUCAAGUGCCAAGAAAAACUUACAGAGACUUCCAUUCAGAUUUGUAUCCAGACACUCCAGGGUAUAAGACUGAACUUACUGCAUCAAUGUGGAUGCAAGGUAAAAAUAUUCCACUGCCUAAAAUAAACCUAGAUCCUGCCAAAAGAGAGAAUGGAGAGGAACCCAUCGUUGUACAUCGAGGUUCGCUGCAAGACUUGCGCAAAGAAAGCGCGGAGAAAGCGAAAAAUGCCGAAAAGGUGCCUGAAACCAAACCGAAAAUAACCACCACUAUCCCAAAAUCCGAUUUCCAUCCCGUCAGAAGCAUCGUCAGAGACUUUGAAAAAGACAAUAAUAAACCUGACGAAUUGAAAGAACCAGAGGAAACUAUAACAUCAGUCCCAUCAGAAGCGGGAUCGAAAACUGUAACAUCGGCUCCAUCAGAAGUGGUAUCGAAAGCUGUAACAUCAGCCCCAUCAGAAGUGGGAUCGAAAUCUGUAGCAUCAGAAGUGGGAUCGAAAACUGUGGCAUCGGCUCCAUCAGAAGUGACAUCUACCGAAAAGGUAAAUGACGUAAUUAUCCCUCCUAAACCGUUACCGAGGACUUCUAGAACGUCUUCAAUGUGCGAUUCUCUACCUUCUUCUCUGGAAGAUGCCGCUAAUGCCCCAAAGCCUGUUGCUAGACCCCGCACAAACAGUUUAGCACCAGUCGUCACCUCGGUGAAUCCCACAGCACCAAUUUCCGGAGGAUAUAAGCCGAGACUGGGCCCAAAGCCCUUCACACCUCCAAAACUUGACUCGGAGAACACAUUCAGUAAGGUGUUUUCAGUGCCUUUAGUGCCAGGCCAAAAUGGGUUACCUGCUGACAAAGUCACGACUCCUGUCGAAGAAAAACUGGCUUCACCAGUCAACGAGUCAGAACCUCAGACAGAGGAAGAGCCCAAAGUUGACGAUGAACCUCAAAAAAUCGAGGCUGAGAACGGAAAAUGCUCUAGUGAUGAGGAGGAGGCACAGUCCGAGUCAGAUUAUACACCUAAAACGCCUAGCACAGCAGAGAGGAGGAAAUUGUUCGAGAAAUCCAAUUCUAAAGAGAACGAGGGUGAAGACACUAUUGACACUGACAACUUUGAAAGGUCUUCGGUACGGACCAGUAUAGCAGAAAGGCGGAAGAUGUACGAAAAACGAUCCAUGUCUGUGCAAGAACCAGGUAGUAUUUCUCAAGAGAAGAAGGAGGGAUCUCCAGUGAUGUUAAGGAGGAAGGACUCCUUCAAGAAUCGGAAAAAUGAAGAAAUUUUGAAAGAAGAUAACAGAAAGAGUGUCCCUGUAUCAAAACAACAGUCUUUGGACCCUGGGAGAAAGAGUGAGGCUGCUACACCUACACCUAAAAGAACAUCUACUGUUUUUGGGCGUGUAUCUAAAUUUCGUCACUUGAAAGGUACUCCUGCUCACAAGUCUUUCCACAUUGAGAAUAUUAGGAAUAUCAGUAGACAAAUUUCAGGAGAAUGUGACGGGUUUCAUGCCAAUCCUGAAAGGUGCGCAGUGCCGUUAGCGGGUCCUGGAGGCAAAAUUGCUAUUGUCGAACUGUCAAGAUAUGGCCGGCUCCCUGACGGCGUAUUACCGUCUUUGGUAAAUGGUACCUCAACCGUGCAAGAUUUUGCGUGGGAUCCUUUCUGUGACAGACGAUUGGCGACUGUUUGUGACGAUGGCACUGCGCGACUAUGGCGCAUACCUGAAGGCGGUCUUCCAGAGCCUACUGCAACGCCAGAGAAAGAAUGGCGCGCUCACCAGGAUAAGAUAUACUUCGUGAAAUGGCAUCCUACUGCUGAAGAUGUGCUCGCUACUGGCUCCUACGAUAUGACAAUCAAGAUCUGGGACUUGACGACCCUCACCGAUCAGAUCACCCUGAGGGGCCACGUAGACCAAAUGUUCAGCUUCGCGUGGUCGCCUUGCGGCAGCUACUGCGCCACGGUCAGCAGAGACAGCAAGGUGCGCGUGUACAAACCGCGGCACAGCGAUCAGCCAAUCAGAGAAGGCAAAGGACCGGAAGGAAACAGGGGAGCUAGAAUCGUAUGGGCGCUCGAUGGAAGGUAUAUCGUCGUCACCGGUUUCGACAAGGUAUCAGAGAGGCAGAUUUCAGUAUACAAAUCGAACGACUUGAGCGCUCCGUUAAACACGAUAGGCUUAGAUGUGUCUCCGGCCAUAUUGAUACCUUUUUAUGAUGAUGACAGUUCUACUUUAUUUGUUACUGGCAGGGGCGACUCUACAAUCUACGCAUUCGAAAUAACCGAAGAAUCGCCUCAUAUCUGUCCUCUAAGUCAUCAUCGUUCUAGCACUUUGCACCAAGGGCUCUCUUUUCUCACGAAAAACAUCUGUGAUGUUUCGAACGUCGAGUUUGCGAAGGCUUUGAGGUUGACUAACAACUCCAUCGAACCGUUGUCAUUCACUGUACCAAGAAUCAAGACUGACCUCUUCCAAGACGAUCUAUUCCCAGAUACAAGUGUGACGUGGACACCAACGUUGACCAGUUCAGAUUGGUUCAAUGGAAAAGACAAGCUGCCUGAGAGGAUGAGUUUGAAACCAGAAGGCAUGGAGCUAUUAUCUGAAUGUCAAGGCCAAGCCAACUCAGCUCCUGAAAGAACGAUCAAUAAGUCUGCUUCCACGCCUUACAUUGGAGCGUCUGCCAACAAAAUGAACUGGGAUAAUGAUAGCAUAAAAAAUAAACAGGAAGAGGUAAGCAGGAUUUUAAAUUAAAAUUCGCGACUCGAGCUCUUGCAGCGUGAUUUUUAUUGCCUGACAAAUUUUUCCUACUGAUGACUUAAAAUAGACACACGCUUGAAGAAAUGUUCGGCGCCCUCAUCUUUUUUAGAUGAAAAUGAUUCAUCGAUGAUUCUUAUUGCAGCUAAAAAAUUUGGUUAGCAAAAAAUUGGAAAUAAACCUCACCUUAGAACAAGACAAUAUGGAAGGUGUGGACGAAAAAGAGUGGAAUGAGUAAUUUUGUAUAUCAAAAUGUGUUUCGCGCAAAAGUUUGGUAGGCUAACAUUAAAUAUACACUAAAUGUUAGAUUUCUAAUGAAAUUGAUUGAAAAAGGAAUUUCGGAUGUGUAAAUUCAAUUCCCAGUGUAGAUACGUUAGCUCACAGAGUGGAGAAACAAUUUUGAAAAUCCAAGACAAUCUGAAUGUUUUAACUUUGCUAGCAUUUUUUUAUAUGAUUACAAAAAUACAUCUACAAAUAUUAUAGAUUCAGUAUUUAGGGAACGUAUAAUUAAGGAUUUUAAACUAAAUGUGUUUUUUGACAGAUUUAAAUUAUAAUUCCUAUAGUCUCAACAGAUCUGACAUUGCAUGUGGAUUUUCAUACCACUGCGUUUUAUUUCUCCUUUCUUUAAUAAUUUUUAAUACUUUGUUUCAUUAUUCUUUCUUUUUUUUUGUUCACCAAUAAACUACUAAAAGAUAAUUUGGCUCUUCAAAAUUGUUUCCUAAUCUCCAAACAAUAAUAUAGGUGUACUAGUUUUCUCUACCAAGGUUUUGCGUUAACUAUAAUAUGCUUAUACUUAUUGAUGCUUUUACAAUUUAUUUAUUCCGAAAGAAAUAUCGUAAGUGUUGACAAAUACUUGUAAAACUUAUAUGCUUUUUAAUAUAUUUUUAAAUUUUGAUAUAUUUAUACAACCCCGCUUUUAGAACCUAAGUAAGUAUCUAUAAAGUUAUGGAUAUUUUACUCGAAAUUUAUCCACUACUUCCACUGCAUGAAAAUGCUAAUUUGAGGCAAACUUGCAAAUGCGUCUACAUACGUUUUUAUUCCUUCCGACCCCAGAUGCAUUUAUACACGAUUCCUUAUUAUCUAAUUAUUAUAUAACCAUACUUUUAUACGUCCUGCAAUUUUGAUGUCAUAGAAAUCAAAACUCCUCCCUAUUGUUUUCAGUGAACUUAUGAUACCACUCAAACUUGAAGGAAAGCUAAGUGCAUCCUCAUUUUGAGUGAAAAAAAAACACAACUUACUCGGUUACCUGGUUGUGAAACAAUCUGUGGUGUUUGAGAAGUAAAAGUGGGUGAAACGUGAGAGAUUAUAUUUUUAAUUCUAGCCAUUUACAUGGAUAAAUAUAUUUAUUUGCAUACAUACAAAGAGAUAAAAGAUUAUAUCAAUUAGCGUGUAAUCAAACAGUUCAACCCACAAGAAUCGAAAUUGCUCGUGGGUGAUGAUUUUUGACACAAUAUCCAACGCAUAGAUGCUGCUUCGUGUAUUCUCGUAGGAAAAAAGCAAUAUUGCAUUAGAUGUAAGAAUAUUUAGUUAUAGGAUAAGGAUCUUCUCUUGAUAGAACGGGUAACUCGCAUCACAAUGACGUUAAAAUUAAGGAAAUGGUGUAAGAAAAAGAAUCGCAGAUGUCUUGCUAUUUUGAGAAAGAUCCUAGUUAGGUUCACUAUGUUCAGUAAGAUAUCACGACGUUUUAUCUAGAUCUGAAAUGGAUCAGUAUUUAUUUUGCUACUCUUGAUGUUCCUCCUCGACAUGCCGAAAUCUCGAAGGUGUAAGAUCAGUGUAUAUCACUUAAAUCAAAAGCUAAUCUUUUUGUUAGGGAUUAACUAAUUGUUUUAAAUCCAUUUAGAGAUUCUAAGAUUUCCUGUCUCAAAGCAAUUCCUUGUGAAUCACCAAAUUUAUCUUGGUAUGUGGGAGAUGAAAUGCUGUUUAUACAGGGUGUCCUGAAAGUUCGGACUUUCCCAUUCAGAAGCAACCUCGUUUGAAUUACCAAAACUAAAUUGACAGCGAAACCAUAAAAGAAAAAUGAAGAAAAUGAACGUUUCGAAAACACAGGAUGGUUAACUGCUUUUUAAAUUUGCAUCAUUUGAGCCUGUCAAGGUUCUCUACAGAAAAACAAACCUACGCAGCUUGAGAAAGAAAUAUCCAGGAAGGCAAUCUGAAUACGUUCGCGAAGUAUUAUAGCAUCUUGAUGGCAGCUUAAACUAAUCUAUUCUUGAAAACGAGCGAGUAUUACCACUAGGAGGUAGUGGUUCUAGUGCCUUUAGGGAAACUGCGUUU